CCCCGCGCUUGAUUGUGACGCAGGGCUUCCCCUCUCUAUUUAAGUUUUGGGCGGUUUGUUGGAGGCGCCUCAGAAAAGAUUUGGGAGAGUGAGGGAAGUGGUCUUUUUUUUUUUUUUUUUUGGGAGGUGAAGAUGACCGUGCAGGCCUCGCGCCCCGAUUGGGAGAAAGAGCACCUUUGGCACAACCUCCUGGCGCUGGGCUUCGACCCCGAAGAGGCUGCCGCUGCUGCCGGAAAGAUUUCCACGCACCUCCGCCUGGGAGAGAAUAUGUUUGAUCAGCCAAACAAAGACGCAUUUCAUGUUGUAGCAUGGUUUUUGUUUUCAAAGCUGGACCAGGCACGUUGCAAUGAGAUCUUCAGAUUGUGUUUCCCCCCCACAGAUAAAAGGGAAGAUGCAGAACAUCGAAAACACUCCUAUGAAUGGAUGAAAAAAAUUUCAGAUGAUUGUGGGGAAGGCUUUCCUCCAGUUGUUCCGUCCUUAUUCCUUUCCCCUGGUGGUCCUAAGUUCAUUCACCUAAUGUUCCAUUUCUCAAGAUACGUCUUACUGCAUCAUAUUAAAGUGACUUCUACAGCAGGUGGCAUUCCCUGCCCAAAAGCAUUGAACUCAAAUUCCCCAGACUGCAGUAUGGCAAUGGCAAAAUUCCAGGUGUGUCAAAAUCGAUUUUUAACCGCUCUACAAAAAGAAGACUUCCUCAUUCAGGAACUUCAGAAGAAAGCACAGUGUUUAACUAAACAAAUAAGGAAUUUACAACAUGAAAAUGUAGAUCUGGACAGACAGCUCCAAAAAAUGUGGGAAAAUGUUCCCCAAAAUCAGCAUGACACCCUCCAGAGGAGAAUUGAAAAGGUUCGUUGUUCAUGGGAAGCAAUAAUGAAAGUAUUGCAUCAUCUGCAAAAUGAAAGAGAAGUAGUGGAUGCAGUUCUUAAAGGCCAUGUAGAUGAGUAUGUAUUAGAUGGCACAAGUGUUAAUAUCAACAUCCCAAGGCCGCUGAUUGAAAAAGUUGAAAAGGAAAUACACAAGUUCCCUAUAGGGAAUGUGUACGAAGGAGGAAAACUAAACAUUGUAGCAGUCAUCCAGUUAUUAAACAGAGCCUUGAAAAUGUUGAUUAAUGAACGUCGACACUCUGAAAAGGAUCCACUAAAAUUGGAUCUCAAGUAUUUUGAAAGAAAGACCAAAUCUCAGAAUGAGGCUUUACUGAGACUAAAGUCAUUGAGGCUAAAAUUAAAGCAUGAGGACCGUAAAUUGAUAAGUCAAAUGAUUGCUGAAAAACAACAAGAAUGGGAUUUGAAAUGGAAAAUCUGUCUUGGCCAGUCACCUUUUCAGUUAAUGAGAGAUCCAAACCCUGCUCUUGACUUCUUACCAGCCAUGUCCCCACUUUCUUUUGCUCCUGCGACAGAGGAAGCUUAUAAAAGCAGUGUUUUUUGCCAGUUCCCUGCAUCAAUUCCAGAGGUAAUAAAAAAGAAUCUCCAAACAGAUCAAUUUGAUGGAACUGGUAAAGCAAAAGAAUGCCAAGGGUAUUCAACUGUGCUGACUGCAGAGAGGGAUGUCAUGUCUUUGAAUCUUGCUAGAGCAUCUGAAGAAAGGAUGGCUUCUGAAAGGGAAUCCAAUGCUGACACUCCUACAAGCGCAGAGCCUUCUGAAUUUCAGAUCUUAAAAUAUACAGGAAGAAAAAGUAAAUUAGCAGAAAGUGGGAAGAAAAGACAGACUCGUAUUCUGAAGACAGCGUCUUCAGUUAAAAAAGAAGAUCUUCUGAAGAAAGCACAAGAGCAACUGGUGGAAGAGGUAGCAAAUGUGGUAGUAUCUGAAUCACCACAAAACGUUGGGGGGAAAGGAAAGGAUUUGGAAGACCUGAUUGGCUCCUUGAACUCAGAUCCUUUCUUAACAAGGAAACAAAUUCCGCGGACUCCAGAAAACCUGAUUAGUGAAAUUAGAAGCUCAUGGAAAAAAGCCAUCCAAGUUGAGGAAUCUUCAAAGGCAGAAUCACAUCACGCUGACGCAACAAAAAAAGACUUACCACAAGAUACAGUCCCUGCAUCUGGGAAGCCAAUAGAUUCCAGUAUUGCAGUCUUUAUGUCAUCUGACUCAGCCGAAUCUCCCUUCUUCCUGGAAAUGCCAUCUUCAGAGAGCUUGAAGCAGGGGAUCCUGGGUCGUAAUGAAUUGUCCCCCCACCAAAGGUGUGCUGGGCCACUGGAUGAAAGUUUUUUCAAGCAAAGACUGACACUUACAGUUUCAAAUAGUCCUGCAACUGGUAAUCCUGCAUUCAGCCUCAAUGCAGUAAAUAAAUGUGCAAGCGAGUUGUGUGAUGAUCCAGGGAAGUCAACAGAGACUUUGUCAACUUACAGUCAGGAUUCUUCAAUGUGUUCAACGUUGCCAUGGGCUGGCACUCGAAUGUCAAGUGGCAAUUGUGACGAUAGCCAAGAAGUUGUCAAUUUUAGCAUACUUCAGGAAACCAUUCCAGAAGAAGCAGAGUCUAUAAGUCCAACGGGUUUUAAGGAUUUGGAGUCUGAUGAAGUAAAGGAAGAUAGCUCACAAGACAACAACAAAGGUUUCUCUGUUCAUGUAGCAGAGAAUGAGCGUAAGUUGGAUUUACAUUCUAUUCGGAAACGAUACAAAGCAUUGGAAAAGACUCUUUUCAAGAACUCAUCUUCCAGAAAGCCCAUUUCAAGACGCAGAUCAGACUUCAGUCUUCUUUCAGUAGGCUUAGAAACCACCAAUGUACUUAGCCCUUCUGGGAAACCGUAUGCAUUUGAUGCUGAACUUAUGAAGCCGCCAACACAGAUGGAUGGCUCUUCUUGAAAGAAAAGCCCCUGUCUCCCCUCUAGUUCCCUUUUCUCCAGUACAAGCAGGAAAAAUAUUGGAUGUCUAUUGUGAAGGAGACCUAUCUGAUAAAUUAAAGGGUUAGUACAAUCGAAUCUGCCAGGCAGAAGUGUGUCUGAAUAACUCUUUCAAAAAAGUAGUAUUAAAGUGAAGAAGAAUAUGCAGAGACCUGUAAAGAUAAAGCUAUUUUACGUUUGUAUAAUCAUGAUCGACUGGACUUGGCAUAUAACAUUUGUACAUUCUUCUUUUGCUAAGAAUAGUUUUGGAAAUUUGAUUCAAAGGAGACCUUACUAUUAAUUAAUGCUAUUCCUCAUAGUUUUGUUGCCCAGUUCUAGUGGUAGCGUCUCUCUAUUCUAAAAUAUACUAAUACAUUGAAGUCAUUUGAGACAUUGGGAGAAUGGAAUGUAAAGAUUUGAGAGAAUGCAACACUAGAAAAAAAUUAUAUUAAUGCAUCUUGUCUAACAGAUAAUAGUACAUUUUCAGAUUUGUAAACAUAGAUUUCUCUCAAUUUCAAGCAUAAUUUUCAAGUGAACUGUAGGGAAAUAAUUGGCUAGACGAAUUACUUAUUACAUUUUACUCCUGAUUAGAAAUCUCGGAUUGUUGGAGAUUUCUUCUUGUUGAACUCGUCUUGCAUAUGUUAGUUUUCUCUUAGUACAUCUCCUUGGAGUAGACUUCUGUGAAAAUAAGUUGGUCUGGCUCCUUUUCUUUGCAGUUCCUUGUAAGGCUGUUGUAUUUCUGCCACCAUCUCAACAAAAAAGCACUAUGUUUGGCAAUGCCAGAAUUGGCUUCUUUCCAUUUGGCAUGGAUUUUCCACAGUUACAAGGCAUGGAGAUAGAUGGUCACAUGGAGCAGGGUGUGUGUCUGUCCACUUCCAUCCCAUUUGUCCACGUUUGGAAUGGUGGGGCAACAGAAAAAUUAAAAAUCCAGGAUACCUUUUAUUAAUAAUGAAUUAUUAAAAUCAUCAGAAUUCAUUUGCCUAGGGAAGAUGUCUCUAGAAAAAGAGCCAAUCUAUUAGGUUCAUGCCUUAAAACUAAUAUUUGUCUUGAAAUAUUUAUUAAAACUUUUCUUUUUUUAAAAAAAAAAAUAACACAAUAAACUUGACUCACAGACA